AUGACUCCCGCCAUGUGUGCAUCCUACUGUUCCCAGUAUUCGUGGUUUGGAAUCGAGUUCGCCUCAGAAUGUUACUGUGGACCUUACCCUCGUACUGGAAGUGUACAGCAAUCCGACAACAGCACUUGCAACAUGCUCUGCCCUGGCAACAGCACUGCUUACUGUGGCGGCGGCAACAGACUCAACAUGUACUACAGCGAUAACAGCACCAAGGUAUUCACUGAUCCUAUGAACCUCAACACUGUCGGAAGCUACUCGUUCUACUCUUGCUACAAGGAUAGUCCGAGGGCGUUGAGUGCUGUGACCUCAAGCGACUCCAUGUCAGUGGAUCAGUGUGCUAAGAUUGCUGCUGCAGCCAACGCAGGAUUUUUCGGCGUAGAAUAUGGAAGAGAGUGCUGGACUGGCAACGCGUUGGCAGCAGGUACUGGAAAUGCUACGUCGAGUGAUUGUAACAUGGCUUGUAAGGGUAUGCCAGGCCAGCUUUGUGGUGGACCUUCGAGGCUUUCGCUGUAUAAGCGCAAUGCCAAUUAG